AUGCCGAAAGCACAAUCAAAGCUUUCAUUAGCAUUACAGCAGGCUGAUACCAUAGAGCAAGAGCAACAACAACAAAGCAUUGCAUCGAGAUUAAAUAAAAGUCAUCAUGAUACACUGCAAAAACAGCGGCACCAUUUCAGAAACAAAAGUGCAGCAUCGAGCUACUCGAGCAAUUCAAACAAUUCACAUAAUGGCAAUAGCGACAAUACUGUAGAAAAUAACCAUAAAGAUAGCAAUAACUAUGGAGGAAGUGGCAAGACUAACCUUAAUUUUAACCUGAACAUUAAUAAUAGCAAUAACAAUAUCAAUCACACUGGUAAUGUCGCUACUAACGCCAGUAACAUCAGUGAAAUCUUUGGUAAGCACAGAACUCAUCGAAAAUCAAAUGCUUCAAACUCAAAUAAUACCAGCAUGUUGUCAACAUCCACUCCUAGUUCAUCAACCAUUUUCCAAAGCAAUGUCACAAAUGCUAACAAUGCAUCAUUAGCUAAUGCCAAUAUUGAUAUAAAAAAAGACGCCAGAGGGUUUGCGCCAAGCCAAAAUGGUGCAGUUUUCAAACCUAUCCCGAGUCCAUCUUUGCUCCCAAAUUUGGUACAGCAUAGCUCACCAUAUGUAUCCACAACCCCAUCUUCGGCAAGACAUUUCAAACCUGAGUUGUCACCAUUAAAAACCACAUUUGGCGAUGAUGAUAAUAGUGACGAUGAUGAUGAUGGUGGUGGUGGUGAAGGUGAAGGUGAAGGUGACGGCGAGGGUGAAGGUGAAGGUGAAUGCAAAGGCAAAGGUAAGGGUGUUAAUGAAGAUAAAUAUCAGAGCAUGAAUGUGAGUGAGAAUAAAAGAGAUCCAAAGAAUGAGAGAGGAUGGCUUGCAAACAAUAACACACAAGAAGAGGAAGGCAAUUAUAGUCCCACAAACAGCUUUGACGAAUAUGAGCCUGAACUUGAAUUGAAACUCGAAUCAAAAGGACCACAGUACAACUUACAUCAACAAUAUUAUCAAGCAAAGAAUGUAGCAGACGAGAAAAGAAAGAAACAAAAAGUGCAUGAACAACAUAUUCUUAGUCCCACAAAAAAUUACAAAGCAGAAGAAAGUACCAGCACUAAAGCAGAAAAAUCAGGAAAGAAAGGGUCUGCAAAAGGUGUAGACAAUGAAGGAUCCCGCACAGAUGGGUUCAGUAAAGAUGAACUUUUGUUGGAAGAUGAGGACCAAGAUGAUUCUGAUGAUGAGCCCAUGAAUCCAGCUGACGAAGAAGACCUCAAGGAUUAUGGACCAGGAGGCUAUCACCCGUGCUAUAUUGGCGAAGAGUACAAGAAUGGGAAAUAUACACUUGUGAGGAAGCUUGGAUGGGGUCACUUCUCUACAGUUUGGUUGGCAAGAGAUAAUGACAAACAGUGCCAUGUUGCUGUGAAAGUAGUCAGAUCAGCAAAACAUUAUACAGAGACUGCAGUCGAUGAGAUAAAAUUGUUGGACAAAGUAACAACCUCCGAUGUAAACCACCCGGGACAUCAACAUGUCAUUCAGUUGUUGGAUACAUUCACUCAUAAAGGCCCCAACGGUGUGCAUGUUGUGAUGGUGUUUGAAGUAUUGGGUGAAAACCUUCUCGGCCUAAUUAGACGUUAUAAACACCGAGGCAUUCCUGUGGUAUUUGUCAAACAGAUUGCCAAACAGCUUCUUGCCGCUUUAGAUUUCUUGCAUCGGACAUGUGGUGUGAUACAUACUGAUUUGAAACCUGAAAAUAUUUUAAUUGAAAUUGGAGAUGUCGAGCAAAUAGUCCGUAUGGUGGAGCAAGAAAACUUGCAACGGAAACUACUGAAGAAGCUUUCAAAGUCAUCCAAGUCAUCAACACCAAGCAGCUCAUAUACUCCUCAUUCACUUACAGGGAAAAACUCAGUAGAGAAAACAGCAGUUGGAUCUCUUACUUCACCGUCAUUGGGACGAAGCGGAAGAAGAUCACGCAGACAUACAUUGAUUACUGGAUCGCAGCCAUUACCAUCACCAUUGAGGACUUUGAACAGAUCCUUUACUAGCAUUUAUGGUUUUUCAACAACAACAGCUAAUACGCCAAUCAAGGGGAUAUCGAUCAAUAAUCAAAACAAUCAAAAUAAUCCUAAUAACCACAAUCAUAACCAUUAUACCUCCAACAAUUCAGCAUUUGCUGCCUCGUCGGCAUUGGCAUCAGCAAUUUCUGGACUGGCAGCGAUUCCGUUGGCAACUACUGCAGAGCAACAUAACGAAGAUGACGAUGAGAUUGACCAUACUUUAAACAACUCGUUAUCGUCAAUGUCUUUAACAAAUUCAAAUAGCUACCAAGCAGCCAAUGUUGACCCUGUACAAAUACCAAACGAGUCAAAUUUCAGAUUGGACGAGUCUUCAAAUGUUACCGAUGUUAACGAUGUUAUUAAUGAAGACGAGUUGAUCUCCGUCAAGAUUGCCGAUUUGGGUAACGCAUGCUGGACUGAUCAUCAUUUUACCGAUGAGAUACAGACUCGACAAUAUCGUGCCCCCGAAGUUUUAUUAGGUUACCACUGGGGCUGCUCUAGUGACUUGUGGUCCUUUGCUGCUCUCAUCUUUGAGUUACUAACCGGUGACUAUUUGUUUGAUCCGCGCGAUGGUAAAUCCUAUAGCAAGGACGAUGAUCACAUUGCACAGAUUAUUGAGCUUCUUGGUGGGUUUCCAAGGAUGAUGCUUAAAGAGUCAAUGUAUGCACGAGACUUUUUCACAUCAAGGCACGAAUUACGCAGAAUUACAAAGUUGAAACCAUGGGCAUUGAAGGAUGUUUUGGCUGAGAAAUACAAGUUCUCCAUUCUGGAUGCAAUUGAAAUUGCAGAUUUCCUUUUACCGAUGUUGACGCUUAGGCCAGAAGAAAGAGCAGAUGCGGGUGGUAUGAUUAACCAUCCAUGGCUACGGGACGCAUUGGGAUUGGAAAAUGUUGUGUUUGAGCGUCCUGUUGGCGGUUCGGGUGAUGAUAUACCUGGAUGGGCCAAAGAAUUGUGUACAACUACAACACACGCUGCUGGUACUUUUACUCCAAAUAAUAACAAGUCGCAUCAACAUCAUUAUUAUCAUUAA